ACCGGAGGCGAAAACCCCAAUAGCCUGGCGAUCUACCAGCUGCCCACCCUCGACCCGGUGUUCCUGGGCGACUGCCAAGGUCACAAGGACUGGAUUUUUGCUAUCGCUUGGAUGAGUGACACCGUGGCCGUGAGUGGCUCCCGCGAUGGCACCGUAGCACUGUGGCGGGUGGACCCUGACAUGUUCAGUUCCAGCGAUGUGGGGCUUCCUGUGUAUACACACAUCCAUCCAAACGACAUGGAGGCCAUCCCCAGAGCAGUCACCAGUCCUGGUAACCGCAAAGUAAGAGCCCUAACUUUCAACAGCAAAAAUCAGGAGCUGGGAGCCUUGUCCCUGGAUGGCUACUUCCACCUGUGGAAACCUGAGAGUUCCCUGACCAGGCUUCUGUCCAUCAGGCUGCCCUACUGUAGAGAGAACCUGUGCCUGACCUAUUGUGAUGAGUUUUCCCUUUAUGCGGUGGGCUCCCAGUCUCACCUUUCCUUCUUGGAUCUGCGCCAGCGUCUGCGGAAUAUGAUAACUGUGUGUACCCGAGAUGGCGGCACAGGUGUGCGCUCAUUGAGCUUCUACCAGAACAUGGCUACCGUGGGUACGGGCCAUGGCUCACUGCUCUUUUAUGAUGUCCGUGCCCAGAAGUUCCUAGAAGAGAGGUCUUCAAGGAGUCCACACUCUUUUCCCAAACCCACAGGGAGAAACCUGAAACUCAACUGCGGCAGAGGCUGGCUCAACCAUGAUGAUUUCUGGGCGAACUACUUUGGUGACAUGGAGGAAUUUCCCAAUGCACUGUACACCCACUGCUACAACUGGCCCGAGAUGAAACUUUUUGCUGCUGGGGGACCACUACCUUCAGGUCUUCAUGGGAAUUAUGCGGGCCUCUGGAGCUAA